AUGGUCAGCAGUCUCCCCACCCUCCCUUUCUACGUCUUCGGCAUCUUCGAGCCGACGGUGCUCAUCCUGGCCUUUGUCGUUACCACGGUGCUGCCGAAUUACUAUUCGACCGCCAUGGCGAAACACACUCGGGCCUCGCCCGUCCACCCCGCCACCGAGAAGCCGACGGAGUCCAUCUACCUAUCGCAGCUCAGCAACCUGUUCCUGCUCGUCAGCGUCAUCUCUCUCUACGUCCUCAACUCAACCGACGACGAGAAGGUUGCCGCGGCGUACCUGACGGCCCUCUGGUGGGGCGACCUGGGCCACCUCGGCGUCACCGUCUGGUGCCUGGGCUGGGAGUCCUUCAGCAACGUCGGCGCCUGGAACCUCGUGAUCCUGGGCAACGCCACGAUACGUGGAGGCAAGGGCGUUGUUAACGUUUUCGAAGUAUUACAAAAUGCUGCCCCAGCCACCACUAUCACUAGGAGCGCGAGUGUUAAGGCUGCUGCCGCAAACAAUGAUGCUAUCAAAGUCUGGGUCCUCCUUGGGAUGGACUUGCAGAUUUUCAGUCCUCGUUUGAUGUAA